GAGGAAUUUCCGUUAGAGCCAAGGAAUUACUGCAUGCUGUUCUUGGUAAACAAUUGUAAUUUUGGACGGUGGAUCUCGCAGUCGCUCCACUUGCUCUAAUGGAGACCAGCAAAGGGUAUAUAAAUGUGGAAGCGUGCUGCUGCGAGGAAGGGUUUGAGCGAAGAAACUGCAACUUCAAUGCAUAUACAUUCGGGAGAUAUCUAAAGUCUUUCACAGUUAUUCCUCGCCGAUAAAUACACAACAUGGCCUCCAAAUCGAUGGAAUUAGGUCAUAUGGCGAGCACGGGGAUGAUGAGCGCCUUCGUCAAAUCACAGUUUUGUACAAGGCCUCGUAGAGCGCCAGCCGAAACUGAUCUAUCGGGGCAGGCUGCCAUCAUUACAGGUGGCAGCGCAGGGCUAGGGUUCCAUUGUGCGCGCCAUCUUCUGUCCCUCAAGUUGUCACAUCUCAUUCUCGGAGUAAGAUCGCUAGAGAAGGGCGAAUCGGCCGCUGACAAGCUUCGUAUCGACUAUCCUGGUGCCAAAAUUGAUGUCUGGUAUCUUGAGAUGUCCUCAUAUAAAUCCAUCCAGAAUUUUUGUCGACGGGCGGAGACUGAUCUCUCGAGACUUGACAUCACGAUCCUCAAUGCCGGCCUCAUGCAACCAAACUUCACUACCUGCUCUACUGGUCAUGAGAAAGUUAUCCAGGUGAAUUACCUUUCGACAUUCCUCAUGGCUAUCUUGAUGUUGCCGACAUGCAAGCACAAGGCGCCGGAGGGUAAGCCUGGCCGGCUUACGAUUGUUAGCUCUGGUACAGCACUGUGGGCGAAGUUGUCAAACCGGGACGAACGACCAUUUCUAGCAUCAUUCGACGACCCCAAAAUCCACCCUUGGGAACCAACAGAAAGAUAUUUUGACUCAAAAGGCCUGGGGCACUUGUUCUUUGUGCGGAUGCUCGAGUACCUCAAUGGGGACGAUGUGAUUGUCAAUCUAGUCGAACCAGGCAUGUGCAAGGAGACUGGACUGCAAAGAGAUGCUAAGGGUGCCACUGCUCUCUUUUUGGACACUUUCAAAUAUCUGGCAGGACGGAAGCCCGAGGACGGAGCAUGGACAUAUGUCGACGCAGCAGUAGUCAAGGGUAAAGAGUCCCACGGCUGCUUCCUCAUGGACUGGAAAAUCCAUCCAUUCACAAAAAUUGUCUAUCUCUUAGAAGCAAAGCCCCUUGUGGAUACACUCUGGGAAGAAAUAAUGGCUGAGUUUGAGUUUGCAGGAGCGCGCGAAAUCCUUGAGAAAUGUAAGAAGGGAGAAGACGCCUAGAAAGAAGCCAGGAGGUGGAAGAGAGGCAUUUCUGUACUUCCUUGUCUAUUUGUUUGUCCACUAGAAGCUGUGUUCUCCCAAUGCCAAGCGCUGGGUUGGUUGUUAUCUGUAAG